CUGGGCCGGAACGAACACGGAAAUUUAUGAAUAUGAGUGGAUUGCACCAUGCGCCUAUUCUCCUGGAAGCCCGAAACAAGUCGACAACCUCCCCGUCUUGACCUCAAGGAAUCACACUCCCACUGACCGUGGACCGGAUCAGACUGAUUAAGCGCCUGGGAGACAUUCGAGGAGAAGGAACAGUGAUGGAAAUGCUGGCAUCAACCACAGAACGAGCUGUCCUGACCUCUUGUUCGGGCCCUACAGCCAGUAAUAGCUCAGCCUUUCUGGACUCUGAGUUUCGCUAUGUCCUCUUUCCAGUUGUCUAUGGCAUCAUCUUAAUCCUGGGUGUCUUUGCUAAUCUCUACGUGCUCUUUGUCCUGCACUGCCUCCGUGGCGCCAGGGCUAUGGGUGAAAUCCGCAUCUACAUGACCAACCUUACUAUUGCCGAUCUCCUUUUUGUGUGUGCCCUUCCCUUCUGGAUUGGCUAUUAUAGUCGUGGUGGUGACUGGGUCUACACAGACUUCAUGUGCCGUCUGACAGGGUCGUUGUUUUUCAUCAACACCUACUGCUCCAUCCUCUUCCUCGGAGCCAUCAGUGUCAACCGGUACUGGGCAGUCACCAAGCCUCUGGAUGCGGCCUCUUCAGACCACAGGUGUCGUGGGAUCACCGUGUCCAUGGUCAUCUGGGUGUUGACCAUACUGAUGGCAGUUCCAUAUCUGGUGUCUCCUGGGACCCAAACUACCACAAAUGUCACUCGCUGUUUCGAGGGGUACCAAAAUGACACCGAUCAGUGGAAAAGAACAGUGGCUGCCACUCAUUUUGCAAUAAUUGGAAUGUUUUUUGUUGUUUUUUUUCUUGUGGUGGUGUGCAAUUCCCUUAUUGCUCGUGUGUUACUUUCUCAAAAUGCUCCUCAGUCAGAAUGCAGAUCUACAACAAUUGUGUCCAGAAAGGCCAAGAGGUACACUGAAACUAAAAGGCCCAGAGGGGUGAAACGGAGGGCUCUCCAGAUGUUGUUGACAGUGGUCGGAGUGUUUGUUCUGUGUUUCCUGCCCCACCAUGUAAUCCAAGGCUUCUGGACGCUGGCGGUGUUGAGGAUCCCAGAGGGCUGGGGCUGCGUGAACUGGGACGAGAAGACUCGUCAGAUGCUCAACGACGCACAUCAGAUCACAUUGUUACUCAUGGGCCUCAACUGCAUUUUGGAUCCCGUAGUUUAUUUUUUUGCCACGAGGAAGUUUAGAAGGUUCAUAAUGGACCACAUUCAAAAGUUAAGAAGGGGAAAAGGGUGCUCACACACGGUCACCUCUCAGAUCUCUAUGGACAGCAAGAAUCAAAGCCAGAGACUUCAGAGCGAGCAAUGAGAACCUGAAAUGGACUGAUUCAGUGGACUGUGUGUAGUAGUAGUAGUUACUUGUGCCUGAAAAACUUCACCUCUCUUCCUGCCACUGAUUAAAGGUUACAUAACAUGCAGUAUUUUGAUCUAAUGUAAUGUGUUGGUGGCUCCACACGCUCGGCUUAGCUACUGAGAAACUUUAAUGUGGUCUCAGACACAUUUUCUUGCCAGUGAAUUUCUGCAUACUUAAAGAGCUGAAGUCUGAAUUGCAACAGUCCUUCUGCUCUUCCUGUGUGAAGUACAAGCUCAAAAGCAGAAGUCUGGCGAGCAAAAGUACAUAAACAAAAUGUACAGUGGAGUCCACUGACUCUAUCAAUGCAUUUUAUCAGAUUGUAAAAUUAACUGAUGAGACACAAGACACAUUAUUUAAAUCCUCACAGAGGUGUUGUUCUGCACAAAGUAGGGCAUGAAAAACAAUAGAGGAGUCACAGUAAUGAACAUAUAUUCAGAGCCUAACAAGCUCUUCUGGGGUGUUUAGGGUGUAACUUCUCACACCCAAACUUGAGAUUAGUAGGCUUCGCCACUGUGCCUGCCGAUGCAUAAGUGAAACAUAUGAUAAUGAGAUUAUCGUUUCCCAUUAGAGAAGUAACAGUUUUUUUUUAUUU